CGGCCGGGUGCGAGCCCGCAGCCUAGGCUUUCUCUCCUGGGCUCGCUGGAGCCCCUCCUCUUCCCUCGCUGGGCUCUUCCCGCCGCCUCACCCGGUCCGCCCGCCUCUCCGAUCGUGCCGGGCGGGUCCGCACGCUCGGCGGCUCAGGCCGUGGGACCGUGGUCACACCCUUUCCAGAACUUGCCUGGUAACCGCGAAGCCGACUUGGAGCAAGAGGUGGGAGGACUGGAGAAAACCGCUCUAAUCUGACUUGACUCUGGCUGGGAGCUGACGUUGCAUGUAAUAACCAACAUUUACAGAGCGCUCUCACAGGCUCUGGAGUGACUUGUCUUGGAUCCCUCCAGCAUUGAGCCCUUUGUUGGACCCAUGCCUCAGCCUGUGCCCCCAUGAGCAGGUGGAUAGCACUCCUCGUGCCUGUGACCCAGAAUCCUGGCUGACCACCCUGAAGCAGGAUGCUCCAGCAGGUGAAUGGCCACAAUUCAAGCCCUGAUGCCCAUGGCAGGAAACGCCUCAGGGAAGACCUGCAGGAGUUCCUGGGCCGGGAGGCCCCACUGCACCUGCUGGAUGACCUCACCAAGGUGAAUCCUGUGACACUGGAGACAGUCCUGAGGUGUUUGCAGGCCCGGUACAUGGCAGAUACAUUCUACACCAAUGCUGGCUGCACCCUGGUGGCUCUGAACCCCUUCAAGCCUGUCCCUCAGCUCUACUCGCCAGAGCUGAUGAGAGAGUACCACGCUGCUCCUCAGCCCCAGAAGCUGAAGCCCCACAUCUUCAGUGUGGGUGAACAGACCUACAGGAAUGUCAAGAGCCUGAUCGAGCCAGUCAACCAGUCUAUUGUUGUCAGUGGAGAGAGUGGUGCUGGAAAGACAUGGACAUCCCGCUGUCUGAUGAAGUUCUAUGCUGUGGUGGCUGCCUCACCCACAUCCUGGGAGAGCCACAAGAUUGCAGAGAGGAUCGAGCAACGAAUCUUGAACUCCAACCCUGUCAUGGAAGCUUUUGGGAACGCAUGCACGCUGAGGAAUAACAACAGCAGUCGCUUCGGGAAGUUCAUCCAGCUCCAGCUGAACAGGGCCCAGCAGAUGACUGGAGCUGCAGUCCAGACCUACCUCCUAGAGAAAACUCGAGUGGCCUGCCAGGCCUCCAGUGAGAGGAACUUCCACAUCUUUUACCAGAUCUGCAAAGGGGCCAGCGCAGACGAGAGGCUCCAGUGGCACCUCCCGGAGGGAGCUGCCUUCUCCUGGCUGCCCAACUCAGAGAGGACCCUGGAAGAGGACUGUUUUGAGGUGACCAGAGAGGCCAUGCUUCAUUUGGGCAUCAACACCCCCACCCAGAACAACAUCUUUAAGGUCAGAAGAACAGCCGUGGCACUUAGAUUUGGCAGAGGUGACGGGCAGCUCUUUUCGUAGGGCCCUUCUCUGAACUUGUAGGUCUCUUUUUUUGAGGAUCUUGGACUUUGGGCCUCAUUGUGCAGUCUCCAAGGGGUCAACCACACCUCUGUGCUGCUGAGCCUGGACACAGGGUGUCAGGGUACACAGUGGACAGGGGACAUAGUGCUGCAGUGUAGAACAUAGCACAGUGAUCAACAGAGCUCAGAGGGCAAGGUGCCUAGGUCAGCUAUUGCCGCAGUCAUCAGAAUAGAGGAAUAAUGCUGCCACAUGUUUGCCUAGUGUGUUAAAAGGUAAAAAUCAUGUUUACAUCUCAAAUCGUUGAUUUUUUCAACAGUCCUAUGUGUCUGGAGUGCCCAUUUUACGCUUGAGAAAACGAGAGAGGUAAAGUGACUUGCCCCAGGUCAGACACCACUAAGUGAUACAGAUAGAGUUUGUACCAGACAGCAAUUCCAACUUCCCACCUUCUUUCUCCUCCUCGCAGGACAUAGCUGACCCAGGUCAGCUGGGCCCCUCGCAUCCCCAGUAGUGGCCUCCCUUCUCCCCUCUGUCUUUGCUGACAUGGCUGACUACCUCCCUGACCCUCCCCUCCCCACCCACCAGAGCAUAGAUAGGGCAGGCUGGCAGCAGAGACAGGGGAGCCCCUGCAGGAAGAUGGCAGUGCAGUGGAAAGUGACCUCCACCUCCAGACGGGAGCUGCUCAGGCAGGGAGGGGGUCACAGCCAGUAUGGGCAACACCAGGCAAGCACUUGGCCAGACGGAAUGCACAACUGGGCAGCACUAGGUGUCUGGACAGGUAUGCUGGCGUGGGGGUGACACGACCCUCUUCUUUCUACAGCCCCUGGGGGCUCAUCCAGAUGGAUUGUUGAAUGCAAAGGCAAGAGGGCUCCCAUUGUACAUAGACCAAGGUCACAGAUCCUCCCCCAGGCUGGGCCAUCAGAAGCCCAAGAGUGCUAAGAAAGGGCCAAAAGGAGCCGGAGCCAAGCCCCACCAGCCACACAGAAGCCUGCUCCCCAAAUAACAGGAGCCAUGUCCCCCUGGGAUACAUCGGAAGUCAGGCUGACUGGGUUCCAUUUAACCUCUCCCCUUCUCAUCUCUGUCACGGGAACCAUCACGGCACAUGCCUCACUGAUGCUGAAAAGCGCAAACGAAAUGAUGCAUGUAACAUGUAUAGAAUCGUGUCUGGCAGAGUCUCGUAGUAAGUGGGCAGCAAGUGGGAGCUGCUUUUAUUAUCCCAUUAUGAUUAUAUUCAGCAGGAGAGAGGCCCUUUCCAGGCUAGGCUCCAGCCCUUGAGAAGGUGCCCACAUCGUGUCUUCUUUCUCCUUUCUC